UCAAACACACUUGGGCUGGGCAUGAUCAGACAUCACGUAUCCUUUUACUGGUUACAUGAGCACCAGCAGCAGACUUGUGUAACAGAUUCAGAAAACUCUAAAAGCUGAACUCCUCCUCCUCCUCCAUCAUCCUCAUCUCGCUGGGCGCAUCUGCAGGCUGCAGGAGCAGAGCGAUAUGAGUUUACACGGAUACAUCCAAACUUAGCUUUUCUUCUCUGCUCUCUGAAAAUCCUUCAAACAGAGAUGAGGGAUUUUUGAGGCAAAGACAAGUGGUAACCCCGGCUCACAUGAUAUACUCGCUUUGUCACAUUCAGUCUGCUUUAAUUUAGUUCAUAAUGGGAUUACGCAUAUUUGGCACGCGUCUUUACGCAUAUGCGUGCCUCUAUUUUUGUGUUUUCAUCCUGCAAGCUGUCCAGUCUCAAAGGGAACCAGGGGCACAGCAAAGCGCGGCACUCCGGCAGACGUUUCAAUGGUCACACAAUGGGAAGAUUUUUAGCAUUUUAAGCGACGGCUCGGAGUAUCAGCCCGCAAGACGGAGAGGGGCGCAACAGGAGCAAGUGCGCGCGCGACCUGUCACCAUCAUUCACAACGAAGAAGCGACACAUCCGGACACUUCGAGCCAGUCGCAGCAGCAACAGCCGCAGCAGCCGCAGCAGCUGCAGCCGCAGCAGCAGCCUCCCCGACCGGCAUCCAACCCGCACAGCUCCCGUGGCCUCCCGCCUCCGCUCCAACGGCUCGUGAGAGGGCACGAUCACCGCCAGCAUCACCACGAGCGCCUUGGUGAGACGCAGAGAAACAGAGCCAAUAAUGAGACCCAGGUUAAUGCCACUGUCAGCCCGUCCCUACCCCGGAGAGAUGACAUAAUGAUGGGUGACGACCCCUACGACCCCCAUAAAUCCACCGACAGUGAUAACCCAUAUUACAAUUAUUAUGACGUCUACGAAAGACCAAGGCCGAGAUCGAGACCCGGAUAUGGCACAAGGUAUCAUCAGUACGGUCUGCCUGAUCUUGUACCUGACCCCUACUACAUCCAAGCCUCUGCCUAUGCCCAGAGAGUCCCAAUGUACAACCUGAGAUGUGCAGCUGAGGAAAACUGUCUGUCAAGCUCCGCCUAUAGAGCAGAAGUAAGAGACUAUGACACCCGCAUGCUGCUGAGGUUCCCGCAGAGAGUGAAGAACCAGGGGACGGCAGAUUUCCUCCCCAGCAGGCCACGUUACUCCUGGGAGUGGCACAGUUGUCACCAGCACUUCCACAGCAUGGACGAGUUCAGCCACUACGAACUGCUGGAUGCCAACACGCAGCACUCAGUGGCCGAGGGACACAAGGCCAGCUUCUGCCUGGAGGACACUUCCUGUGACUACGGCUACUACAGGAGAUUUGCCUGCACAUCACACACACAGGGUCUGAGCCCAGGAUGUUAUGAUACCUACAAUGCAGACAUCGACUGUCAGUGGAUCGACAUCACAGAUGUGAAAGCUGGAAACUACGUCCUCAAGAUCAGUGUAAAUCCACAAUAUCACGUCCCAGAAAGUGACUACACCAACAACAUUGUGCGCUGUGAUGUCCGCUACACUGGCAACUACGCCUAUGUGUCUGGUUGUCACAUGUCACCAUAUUAAGACACGACAGUCGUUCACAGCAUGUUCUGUAAACGACGGUGAAGAGGACUGCAUAUGAAAGCAUAUAAGAUUUCAUAAAUUUAAUUUUGAAUUGUUAGAUAAGCAGUUUAUAAUUUAAAAUACUACCAACCAAAAGGAAGGAAUCAUCUGUUACAGUGCUGGGUAACAUUUAAUUUUUCUUUCCUCGUAUGUGAAAGCAUUUCUGAUCUCCUUUUCUUACUAACACGUGUAUUUCUAUCUCUUUUCCUUUAUUUUCAUCUCUUACUUUUAUUCCAUUGUACUGUAAGCCUGCAUUUUUCUUUAAAAAAGAAAUUAAAACGCUUUUAACUGCAAGAUACAAACAUAAACCAGCUCUCCCUCAUGAAGUCAACAUGUAUUGUAUCACUACUUUGAGAUAUUGAAAAUGUAUUUGUUAUAUUUAUAAGCAACAAAGGAAACUCUUUACUUUAACGCUUUGGUGAAACUUGGUUGAAAUAAAAACUUUGAAUAUAGUAUGAAGUGUUACAACUGA